CCCGCUUCGUGUAUAGUCCUCUGGAGCCUGGAGGCUGAGAAGGAGGCGUGACACAAGGAAAAAUGGCCCCAGCUACUAAGAAGACGAAGAAGACCCAGGAGAACAUCAACGCGCGUCUCGCGCUGGUGAUGAAGAGUGGCAAGUACACUCUGGGCUACAAGACCUGCCUGAAGACUCUGCGCUCUGGCAAGGCCAAGCUGGUUAUUAUCUGCAACAACUGCCCGGCGGUCCGCAAGAGCGAGGUGGAGUACUACGCUAUGCUUGCCAAGACGGGCGUGCACCACUACAGCGGCAACAACGUUGACCUGGGUACCGCCUGCGGCAAGUACUACCGUGUCAGCGUGCUCGCCAUCACGGACCCUGGUGACUCGGACAUCAUCAAGACUGUGGAGUAAGCGCGUGCUUGCAGCGGCCAUCAGUCCGUGGUUGUAACUGCCUCCUUCGGGCUCAAUUGCCAUGUCCCUCCGUAUGUCACGCCCAGGGUUGUGCAGCUCCCUAAGCAGCCAUGGAGUUCCGUGUAACCCGACGCCACUUGUGAACAGCAGUGGGGUAGAAAAUGUAGAGUGAUGUUAGUGGGUGGUUUAGUAAGAAUGGCAGAGUGUUGGAACUGGUAACUGUUAGAUGCAGAAUGCACGGCGUAUAAGACACCAGUUGCAACCACGCUGAGUAUAACCGGACAGAAGAAUAUUGCAUGGUUCCAAACAGGACUUGUUAAGCAUUUUGCAGCAUUUGGCGUUUGAAGAUUCUGAAAUUCGUGCUCAACCCUCGUGUGAAUAAUCAGAUUACAGCGCUUCGGGUGACUACACAAUCGUUUCCCAGAACUCAUUACAAGUU